CGCUCCUGCCUGGCGCCCGCGCACGGGAUGGACGUUCCUGAGCGCUGAGCUCAGCGCCUCGGAAAAGCGGCGAGGAAAAUACACAGCUGGAUGAGAUUGAACAUGAUCAGAAGAUAGCAUCAUACACCAUGACCAUGGCUCCGCGGAAGAGGAAUCGUCAUGCGCUGGGGUUUCUUUGUUGUUUUGGGGGCAGUGACCUCCCCGAAAUCAACCUCAAAGACAAUAACCCCCUUCAAUUCCUUGAGUUUUCUGUCCCAAUCCCACCAGCAGAAGAGCUCAAUGCCAGGUUCUCUGAACUUGUGGAUGAAUUGGAUCUCACAGAUAAGAACAGAGAGGCUAUGUUUGCACUCCCUCCAGAGAAGAAAUGGCAGAUUUACUGCAGCAAAAAGAAGGAACAAGAGGAUCCUAAUAAGCUUGCUACCAGCUGGCCAGAUUACUACAUUGACCGCAUCAACUCUAUGGCAGCAAUGCAGACUUUAUAUGCUUUUGAUGAAGAAGAAACAGAAAUGAAAAAUAAAAUAGUUGAAGACUUGAAGACAGCUCUGCGGACUCAGCCCAUGAGGUUUGUGACCAGGUUUAUUGAGCUAGAUGGCCUGAGCUGUUUGCUGAAUUUCCUGAAGAGCAUGGACUAUGAGACCUCAGAGAGCCGUAUUCACACAUCCGUUAUAGGGUGUAUCAAGGCACUGAUGAACAACUCCCAAGGACGGGCUCACGUCCUAGCUCAUCCGGAGAGUAUCAACAUCAUCUCCCAGAGCUUACGAACCGAGAACAUCAAGACCAAGAUUGCAGUGCUGGAGAUCCUGGGGGCUGUCUGCUUGGUACCAGAUGGGCACAAGAAGGUCUUGCAAGCAAUGCUUCACUACCAAGUCUAUGCUGCAGAAAGGACAAGAUUCCAGACUUUGUUGAAUGAGCUAGACCGAAGCAUGGGACGUUAUCGAGAUGAAGUAAAUCUCAAAACAGCCAUCAUGUCCUUUAUCAAUGCUGUUCUGAAUGCGGGUGCUGGUGAGGAUAAUUUGGAGUUCCGAUUACACCUACGAUACGAGUUUCUAAUGCUGGGAAUUCAACCUGUCAUUGACAAGCUAAGAGGACAUGAGAAUGCCACAUUGGACAGGCACUUAGAUUUCUUUGAGAUGGUCAGAAAUGAAGAUGACCUGGAGCUUGCCAAGCGGUUUGAUCUGAUCCACAUUGAUACAAAAAGCGCCUCUCAGAUGUUUGAGCUGAUCAAGAAGAGAUUGAAGCAUACAGAUGCCUAUCCCUAUUUGUUAUCCAUCCUCCAGCACUGCUUACAGAUGCCUUAUAAGAGGAAUGGAGGAAACUUUCAGCAAUGGCAGCUGUUGGACCGAAUACUCCAACAAAUUGUUCUUCAGGAUGAGCGAGGAGAUGAUCCAGAUAUAGCCCCACUGGAAAAUUUCAAUGUCAAAAAUAUAAUUAAAAUGCUGGUGAACGAAAAUGAAGUCAAACAGUGGAGGGACCAAGCAGAGCUGUUCCUCCUAGAUCAUGCCGAGCUGAUGAGCAGGUUGGAGAAGAAGGAACGGGAAUGUGAGACAAAGACCCAAGAGAAAGAUGAAAUGAUGAAGACUCUAAACAAAAUGAAGGACAAGCUGCAGAAGGAGUCCUUGGAGCUGCGCCAGACCCGGGACCAGAUGAACGACUUGGUAGCUCAACUUAAUGAGUUCUCGCAAGGUGGCAGCAUUUCUUUCCCACCCCCACCGCCACCCCCUCCUGGUGGCCCAUUAGCUUUGUCCUCUUCUCUCAUGUCAGAGAAUUUGCCUCCACUGCCACCCCCUCUGCCUUUCUCCAGUUGUCCCCCUCCUCCUGCUCCACCACCUCCUCCAGGAGGACCUCCUCCCCCACCAGGAGCACCACCUUUCUUCAGCAUGGGCAUGGCUCCCCCUCCAACAACCACCUUCAGCAGCAGUGGCACCAGCCUGAAGAAGAAAUCUAUCCCACAGCCUUCACACCCCCUGAAAUCCUUCAACUGGGCUAAACUGAGUGAGGAGAGGAUCCAUGGCACAAUCUGGAAUGAGAUUGAUGAUUUAAAGGCAUUCAAGGUGCUGGAUCUAGAAGAUUUUGAAAAGAUGUUCUCAGCAUAUCAGAGACACCAGGACCUGCUAACUAACCCCUCCUCCUGCAAGCAGAAAGAGAUGGGUUCAACAGAAGACCUUUACCUCUCCACACGAAAGGUGAAAGAGCUCUCUGUGAUUGAUGGCCGGAGGGCCCAGAAUUGUGUCAUUCUCCUUUCCAAGCUGAAGCUGUCUAAUGAAGAAAUCAGACAGGCAAUCUUGAAGAUGGAUGAACAAGAAGACCUGGCCAAAGACAUGCUUGAACAGCUACUAAAAUUUGUUCCUGAAAAGAGCGAUACCGACCUGUUGGAGGAGCAUAAACACGAAAUCGAGCGCAUGGCCCGGGCGGAUCGUUUCCUCUUUGAAAUGAGCAGGAUCGACCACUAUCAGCAGCGACUGCAAGCAUUAUUCUUUAAGAAGAAGUUUCCUGAGAGGUUGGCAGAAGCAAAGCCGAAAGUAGAAGCCAUCCUUCUGGCAUCCAAAGAACUCAUCCGCAGCAAGCGCUUGAAGCAACUCCUGGAGGUUGUUCUGGCCUUUGGCAAUUAUAUGAACAAGGGCCAAAGGGGAAGUGCAUAUGGAUUCAAAGUCUCGAGCCUGAACAAAAUUGCAGACACCAAAUCCAGCAUAGACAGGAACAUUACACUGCUACACUACUUAAUUAUGAUCUUUGAGAAGAAUUACCCAGAUAUCCUAGAUAUUCAGUCUGAGUUGCAGCAUCUUCCAGAAGCAGCAAAAGUCAACCUGGUAGAGCUGGAGAAGGAAGUUAACAAUAUAAAGACUGGAUUGAAAGCUGUUGAAGCUGUAAGUAUCUGAAGGUUUCCAAAAGCUCC